CUUGCUCUCCAAAAUGCAAAGAUGCUUUUCCUCUGUUUAUUUGGAAUAACAUGCAGCCUGCAGUUAAUCAUCAUACAUAUGUGUAUAUAAGCUUACAAGAUAAACGUCCGGAAAGAAACAAAACCCUAAAAGAAAUAGCUAGAAAAGUAAUCAACCCAACCAUUUCAACGAUUCCUUCAAUGCUGCUAAUUCAUCGUUAUCUCCCGCACCAAGCUUGACCACUUCUAGGUGGUGUGCAACGGUUUCGGUUCGGACUUGACCAAACUAAAGAAAACUGUGGUCCAUUAGUAAAAGACAUCUUAGAACCAAGUAUCGGAUCUAUCAUUGCGGUUGGUAUGUUUGGUCCGGUUCGAUUUAUCAUUUCUUCGGUGAUUAUAAUUCAUGUGGAACAAGGACCAAACCGCAUUAUAUUCGUUCCGAUGUAAUCCAAUCCAAAUUUCGGUUUGAUGCUGUCUGGUCUUGGAACAGACCAUUGCACACCCCUAACCACUUCCCGUCUUCCUCCUUAUAAAUACCAACCUCCGUACCGACUCUGCUUCCCAUCAUCUCCUUCACCAAUUAAAUGGCGGAUCCAAAGCAAGGAGGAACCGUGGCAAAAGGGCACGAAGAAGCCAUGAAGAUGGCUGUGUCCCUGCUGAAGGAGUUCGGGCUGCCGGAAGGGCUGCUGCCGCUUGAUGACGUGGCGGAGGCCGGGUUCGUGAAGGAGACGGGCUUCUUCUGGAUCGUGCAGAGGAAGGCGACGAAGCACCGGUUCGAGUUGGUUGGCAAGCAGGUGAGCUACGACGUUGAGGUCAGUGCGUACAUGGAGAAGAACAAGGUGAGGAAGAUGAAGGGCGUCAAGGCCAAGGAGCUCAUGGCGCUGUGGCCUCCCGUCGUCGAGAUCGUCGUCGACGAUCCCCCGACGGGGAAGGUUCGGUUCAGGAGCCUUGGCGGCGUUGCCAAGGCUUUCCCCGUCCAGGCUUUCGCCGCCGGACAGUAGUACUACUGGAAUCACUUUUUCGUUUGUUAUUUAUUCCCACACGAGAUUGAAAACAUAUUUAGUUAUGUUUUUAUUCGAUGUUACUCCAACAAAAAGAGUUGACAACACAACAUAUUUUAGCUUGAAAACAGUGAAAUGAAAUUUAAGUAACUUA